UUUGGCGCGCUUUAGGGUUCUUCGUCCUUGAGCGAUGACGAUGGCGAUUGCGAUUGCGAUUUCCUGGCAGCCGCCGCCUUGCAGGAUCAAGUGCCCGUGGGUAGGCGCCGGCUUUCGGAGGCACUCGGUCGGGGGAUUCGUUCGGCAGCAGCGAGAGCUUAGGGCAGGGAAAUCUGUGCUGAGAGAUCAUUUUCCUCAUAAACUGGGUCGGUGGAAGCUCCAUCAUUCGUCUUCUUCUUCACCGGAUUACCUUGUGGAGAGGCCGAGUGAGGUUCUCAUGGGUUUCUGGUGUGGGCCGGAGCGUGAAGAUGGAUCGGGCGUCGUCCUCGGCCAAUUCGCCCCAGUAAGAUGAUCGACGCCAGGGCGAUCUCUCUCUCUCUCUCUUGUCUGGCAACAAACAUUGAGUACUUCAACAUGGAAGAACCAUUGUCUUCUUUUUC